AAUUUAGAAUGUUACAUUUUAGAAUGUGCGUUCACUCACUGAUUCUCACAAGGGGCAGCUCCAAUGUGCAACAUUGUUACAGGGCAAGUGUUCAUGUUGAUACCGACAGCCUUAGCUCUUAUGAGUUGUGUCUUCAUUCUAUUCUACAUUUCCUUCACCUCCAAUUUCUUCAUUCAUUCUCACCAAACCUUUUCAUCCUUCAACACUUCAUUGGUUGCAAACGCAAGUAUUCAGAGACACACCCAUCUCCAAUUCAAUGGUGAACCUGCAGAGGACAGCAUGGGGAAGGAAGGAAACCAUGUGAAUGAAAAUGAGGUAUUCCAUGACAGAGAUGCCUUUAUGGACAACUACAAAGAAAUGAAUAGGAGCUUGAAGAUAUAUGUUUAUCCUCACCAAAAGGGUGAUCCCUUUUCCAAUGCACUCUUACCCGUUGAUUUUGAGCCAAGUGGAAACUAUGCAAGCGAAAGUUACUUCAAGAAAGUUCUCGCGAUGAGCCAUUUCAUUACAAAGGAUCCUUCCAAUGCCGAUCUGUUCUUUCUACCUUUCUCAAUUGCACGAUUGCGACACGAUCCACGUGUGGGGAUCGGUGGUAUUAAAGACUUCAUAAAAAACUACAUCUUCAAUAUUAGUCACGAGUACCCUUACUGGAACCGAACCAAUGGGGCGGACCAUUUCUAUGUUGCCUGUCAUUCUAUUGGUCGUUUUGCCUUGGAGAAAGUAAUUGAUGUUAAAAUCAACGCGAUCCAAGUUGUGUGUUCUUCAAGUUAUUUCGUAUCAGCAUAUAUUCCUCAUAAAGAUGCAUCCUUGCCGCAGAUUUGGCCAAGGCUAGGUGGUAACCCAAAUCUUGAACCUUAUAAAAGGGAAAAACUGGGAUUUUUUGGUGGAUCACUGAAUUCUCCUGUACGUGAAAAGCUUCUCGAGUGGUGGGGAAAUGAUUCCGACAUCUUUGUGCACUUUGGUCGCCUUGAAAGAUCUUAUGCCGAAGAGCUUAUUAAUAGCAAAUUCUGCCUUCAUGUGAAAGGCUAUGAAGUCAACACUGCUCGCAUUGCUGAUGCCUUGUUUUAUGGCUGUGUACCUGUGAUCAUUGCCAACCAUUAUGAUCUUCCAUUUGCAGACAUAUUAGAUUGGAAACAUUUUUCCGUCAUCGUUACCACUCUAGACAUCCCUCUAUUGAAGAAAAUCCUUCAAGGCAUAACUCAACAGGAGUACUUAGUAUUGCAAAGCAAUGUUUUCAAGGUAAGAGAACACUUCCAAUGGCAUGUUUCUCCUGUUGAUUUUGAUGCCUUUUAUAUGGUUGUGUAUGAGUUAUGGUUAAGGAGAAGUUCCUUAAGGCUUCAUUGAAUGUUUUACCAUAUCACAUCUUGAUUUUGUAUAUUAAUCCCAUUUCAUUGAAUGUUUUACCA